AAAGGUUUGGACGGUUUUCUUGUUCCAUUUACGUAAAUCUUUUACUCCAAUUUCCUAGUUGAUCAAACAAGGUAUCUGGUGUCUUCAUUUGAUCAUGAAUACGAGACUCGUGUUGAUUAGAUCAAAAUUUAAAGAAAGGAUGAGAAAUCCUAGUCAAAUUCAAUUAUGAUAUUGUGCAAAGUAGUUUUACUCGUUGUGUCCAUUGUUGGUAUCACUGGUGAAGAUAAAUGCAUCGAGAUUAUUGAGAAUUCUUGGAUCAAAAUUGAUGAUGUGGUCAUUAAAAAUUCAACAUUACUAUCAUAUCCAGUUUGUGCAUCUUUCGUCAAUCAGAUAAAUCAAACAGGAUGGUCAUAUCUUACAAUUUGGAGUGACCCUUCAACAGAUUUGAAUGAUUCAACAAUUGCCUAUUUGGCUGGUUAUCUUGAAGGUUACAUGACCAGGGAGUUAAUUGAUGAUCACUUCGAUAAUGCAUGGCGCACAUAUUGUACCGAUGAUCCUGAAUUCUGUGAGAAAGCUUUCCAAUUCUAUCAAGACAAUCUACUGUAUAUGAAAGACAACCUAUAUGAGCUUGCAUCUUCAGAUCCUUAUUGGCAUCAAGUUGCCUUGGUGCUUAGUCAAAUGACGGGCAUAUCUGAUGGAAUGUAUGGUAAAUUAAUUUAUAAGCCAGGAAUAAACAUUGACAUCCAUGGAAAAGUGUUCAUUCUCAAUAUUAUUACUGAUCUGAUGGAACUUGAAAGUGUUCUUAAAAGAGGAGUCAACAAGAAAGAUCAAGGAUUUACAACAUGUUCAGCAAUGGUCAAGCUUGUUCCCGGGGAUUUAAUCAUAGGUCACGCUACGUGGUAUGAAUUUGGAUGUAUGCUUCGCAUAUUGAAAAAAUAUUACUUACCAUUUAGAACUGAAUCAAAACCUAAUUCCCCAGCUGUUCCAGGCAAAUUGAUCUCGAUGUCUUCCUACCCUGGUUUAAUUUUUUCAAGCGAUGAUUAUUACCUUAUAUCGACGGGUCUAACAGUCAUGGAAACUACACUUAUGAAUUUCAAUGAAACAAGUUAUCAAUUUGUAAAACCAGAUGCCGGCGUUUUGACAUUUAUCAGGACAAUGGUUGCCAAUCGUUUGGCUGUUGAUGGACAAUCUUGGUCUCAAAUAUUUAGUCGAUACAACCUAGGAACGUACAACAAUCAAUUUAUGAUCGUUGAUUAUAAAAGAUUUACUGCUGAUAAAGAUGAACAAGAGUCAGGUUUAUUUUGGGUUCUGGAACAAAUGCCGAAUUUGAUUGUAGCUCAAGACAUGACCUCAACCUUAUUCAAAAACAAUUACUGGGCCAGUUACAAUAUUCCUUACUUUAAAGAGGUUUAUCAAUUAGCAGAUUAUCCCAGUUCGGUGAAAAAAUAUGGUCCUACUUAUGAUUAUAAUGAAAAUUCUCGAGCUAAACAAUUUAAAAGGAAACAAGUUGAAGUAUUUGAUUACAAAAGUCUGCUUCGACUAUUAAGAUACAAUAAUUAUCAAAACGAUCCUGAUGCUAGAUGUAACUGCACUCCACCAUAUUCAGCCGGAAUGAGUAUUGCUUCAAGAGCAGAUCUCAACGAUCCAAAGGGUAAAUACGAUGCUACCGGAGUUGGUUUUAUAAAUGAAGCUGCAAUCGAUGCUAAAGUUACAUCGUUUGAGCUGUUUAAACAAUUUAAAAUGUACGCAAUAAGUGGACCAACUUAUGACGACGUCCCCCCUUUUAUAUGGUCAAACUCUAUUUUAAAGGAUAUGUUUCCUCAUAAAGGCCAUCCUGAUGCUUGGGUUUUUGAGCCGAUAUACUUUUGAUUUAACCAAAGGAUUUAAUAUUCACAAUAACAAUUUAGGUCGAGACAAUUGUAUUAAUAUUUGAAAUUUUAAGCAUCAGCUCAUAACUUCACCUCAAUCGGGAAAAAUAUAUCUGUAAAUGAAAAAUUGAUCAAUGCAAAUUAAUAGUAACAAUGUUGGUCUAUUAACCAUUUUUACGAUUUCAAUUUUUGCACAAUUGAUUUAAUUCCAAUUUAUUUAAUGACGAGUCUUUAAAUCAUCAUUGAUCAUCAACAAAAUUACCAGAAGAAUUUAAAUGAUUAGAAAGAUUUGAAUGGAUUUGUUAAACAGUUGAAAUAUCUUUUGAAAAAUGUGAUUCCAAUAUUGAAUGUAUCAUUUGAUUUGUUGAAAUUUAACGUAUUUUUUGAAAAUGUAAUUACAUGCUUAUUUAUGUCAUUCAAUACAAUUUACCAAAAGUUAGAUUUGAUAAUGAUGAGUUUAGAUAUAUUCAUUGAAAACUGCUAUUAUGAUUAAAGCAUGAAAUCAAUGAAAAUGUAAAUAUGUUUUUUUUGCUAUUUUUCAACAUGAUUGAACUUGAUUUGUAAUUGAAAUUAUCAAUCAAGGAGUCAAUGAUUGGUAAAAGUCUACAUCUCUUUAAGUGCAAUUAAUAUGACUGAAGAAAUGUAAUCCUGUUUUACAUUUUGAUUAUAUUUCUUGUUACAUAAAUUUCGCAAUUAUUCAGCAAUCAAAAGGAAAAAUCAGGACAAUCAAGCUAAACUCAAUUCCUAUCAAGGUAUUAAUAGAAAACAAGUAAAAGUUAAGGCUACAUUAAAAAUUCUGAGUAAAACCUCGAAGCUAGAAUUUUGUUCCACAAUCCAAACCAUUGAACAUAGAUAAACAAGUUUAUACAUAUUUUCAUAAUCAAAUCAAUUCCAGCAAUAAAUUUUAAAUUGAUAGAUUGACACUAAAUUGUAUAAAACUAAACAACAAGGCAGCCCAAUAUUUAAAUUUCAGUAUUUUAUCCUUUAGAUGAAACUAGAUAAAUGAUCGGCAUUCAGUAAUUUUAAUUACAAUGAAGCUUAAUAGCUAAAUUGAAUUUAGGACCAAACCAAGACAA